CUACAUUUUCUUGUCAUGUUUCUAGCUGUUGCGCGCACGUGUUAUGCCAGUGUGCGAUCGUGCCUUUCGUCCUUUCUUUUUUGUGCUUGGCGAACAGCGUGCUGUGAUGACCGGCUUGAGAAGUUGCGACAAACGGUUUUCUUAAGACUCAUAGUCAAAGUAAAAAUUUGACGGAUUUUAGUGAAGACUUAGCAAGGAGUUCUGAAAUCGAGCAUGUUAAGAUGGUGCUUGCUGAGCGCAGGCAAAAAGUUGGCACUUCUAAAGCCAAGAUACUUUCAGCCCUUUCACGGUCAGGUACGCGGAGACAGCACUUGGAAAAACUUUGUGAAACCUUUCAGGAAGAAAACUCGCGAGGAGUACGCUCGUUCCGACGGCUUAAACCCAGCUCAGGACCUACUUGUGUACACCAGUGGGGUGCACAACUACAUGCUUUUGGCGAGUAUCACUGGAACGGGCAUCCUGGCCGGCGUCGUCUGCUGUGUCGUGUAUUUCUCCUUUAAUCCCUGGCCAAAAACCGGAACCUUCAAAGGGCGCUCUAUAAAAGUUACAUUUGCCCAGAAGAUGACCUUUGUCUGUGUGCUCGCCACGCACAUGCUCGGAUCGUUUUAUUACCUAAGGGCAGUGCCAAUACGUAUCUACUACAACAAAUCGCAGCAAAUGUUUAAUUUAGUUUUCCAGGGUGUAUUUCCAGGGUUGCGAAGAAAACUGAGCUUUAGGCCUGGAGCACUCGAGCCACUGUAUGCUGACACAAAUCCUAUAAUCAUGAAGUACCUGGGCACCUUGAGGGUGAAAAAUAGGUGGCAGAGAUUUGUAGUGUUUGAGGAGCGUUUUCACCGAACAGUUUUUUACAAUGUCCUAGUUGGCUAUGACAGUGUUGAUGUGCUUGAGGACUAGACCAGCAAGAGUGAAUUGUAUAGAUGCUUCUAAGCUGAUGUACCUGUCUAUGUGUGACUGAAGACAUCAUUAAAUUAAUUUUGAAAUUUGCCCUUGUAA